ACUUGGUCGUGUGCGGUUCUCUUCCGAGUGUCCCUUUUUGGCAGUUCUGUCGUGUAUGGACCAGAAGUGACGAUUCCGUUCUUAAGUAUCCCCGAAGGAGUGAUUGGCAUAUCCACUAAAAGCACAUAAAAAACAACAUCAGAGGUGAAGAGCCUUCCUUCUUGGAAAAAGCGCAGUGGCUGUGUGCUUCAGCACCUCAAAGGAUCAACCCUUUCUUCGGUGUGUUUGCCAGUGUUUGUUGUGAGAGGUGGUGCUGGCGAUUUGUUUUUUAUUUUUUAUUUUGCAAAAGUGUUACACUUGGAAGUUCGCAGCGGAGCAAAUUGCAGAUUACUUAUUUAUAGUGAAUGAAUUAUCCCGAUAGCCACACGUUGUGCCAGAUCCAUUGACACGUGCUCUCCGGGAAGCGGCAAGCGUCGCGAGCGCCGCUGUUUUGUCGAUUAAAUUCGUGGGAAGAAUUUCCUUUUUAAUACAUUCAACCGCGUGUGUGUAUGUGUGUGAUUGUGAGUGUGCUUAGGCAUCCUAUCACGAAUUGCGCCAUCUGGUGUUUGUUUUCACAUUUUCACUUUCUACGAGACGGAGGGUGUUUGAAUCGCAUUAUUUCGCUGGAAGGAGGAUUUUGGAAUUUUGCGCGCAUCGGGUAGCAGCAGCUGUGUGGAAGUAAACAGUUUUUAUUGGAUACAAAUACGGGAAAAUAAGAAAAUCGACAGGCUAUUACACUGUGGAUCCGAGAGAGAGUGGAGGGUAGACAGAGAAGAACAAUCGUUGAGUGUUUUUGUGGAAAACGUGAUUCAGAAAGGAUCAAGUGCGUUGUGUGCGACUUUGGAACCAAGUGGAAGUCUAUUUUUUGUUUUCUUGCGGCAGUGAUAAACGGUGAAAUCUGUUGAAGUGAUUCAGUAGGAAAAAGAGGAUUCGUGGUUGAAAUUUUUUGGUUGAGAUAAACUUGCUACCGGCUGAAUAGGAAUCGUGAGGAAGAUAUUAUUUUGCAGAAAUCUUACUCCUGGAGAUAGUGAGUGUACGCAGCGCAUAAGGUUCAUCCUAGUAUAGUCACUAUCAAUAAGGAAUAACAAUAGCAAUCACAGUAGCAACAGGAGUAAAAGAACACAAAACCAGCUCAUCGCCAUUUCUCUGAUUAAAAUUAAGAACCCACAAAACAUCGCAUAUCUCUCCACACUGCCAGCAUUCAAUGAUUCUCCAUUGAAUGACCGGACCGCCGGAUCCCAUCGUCGGCACACCACAUUCUACCGUCCUGAACCUCCACACCACCCGCGCCACCAUCGUGUCACCACACAUUCAACGACCACCGUUGAUCCGUUAGCUUGAAAGCACCUAAUCUCAAAGCCAAACGACAUGUUGCGGUUGUUCCGUGAAACCAGAAACCCCCUCGAGCCGGCACCGUCGCUGAAGUUAGCUGCACUUCUGCUGAUGGCCGUAUUCGUAUUUCUUGACCAACACCGCAAUGGAGCCCUUGCGGUUGAUCCCGUCGGAACUGGCGGCCCCUCGAUGGUCCACGAAGGCGAAGACGCACUGCUGACCUGUGUCGUAAUGACCCCCUACAACAACGAUACCGUCCUGUGGCGGAAAGGACCGAAUGAAAUCCUGUCGGCGGGCAUGAAUCGCGUUACGAGCGAUAAACGCAUCAGCAUUCUACACGACGACUCGCCCAAGGGCAGGAGUCCGCUCGGUGGCGACGUCUGGGUACUGCUAAUUAAGGAUGCCCGCCAAAAUGAUACCGAUGUUUACGUGUGCGAAGUGAAUAGCGAUCCGGUCGUGCGGAGUUUUCAUCCCCUGAGAGUCAAAAAAGCAAGGAAAGCAAAUACCACCGACGCCACAACAGGAGCAGUGUCAACUACUUCUCGUUCCAACGCGGAGGAAACUUCAGACGAGGACGAGGACGACGACGACGACGAUGGAGAGAUCACACCCGACGGAGUGCCAACCAUUACACAUGACUUCACCGGGUGCUGCCAAGCCAACAAUGUCAGUGAAGCGUGCAUGGGGUUCUGUGUGCUGCACAACAUUUUGGACGGAGCCACCGGAGUGGAACCGGAACAGUGCGAGAAAGACUUCCCCAACAUAGUGAGGUGCAUGGCUGACGGUCGGAACCACGUGCCAUGCUGCUUGGAAAAGGGCAUUCCGGAUCUGUGCCAAGACAUGUGCCGAGGUGAAUACACCCCCUUUACGGAUCUCCUUAAAUCGCGUGUAUCCUGUGUGCAGCAUACGCUCCCAGGUCUGCAGUGCAUUCUGGAUAACAUCCAAAAACUCCCCUCCGAACCGCAAUCCGUGUCCGUUGAAGCCGUCACCGAGCGUUCGCUUCAGGUCAGUUGGUCUCCACCGGAACAGCACGCCAAAACGGUCAAGUACUACCGGAUCAAUGCAACCAAGUUGCACUCGUUCGACCAGGACUUCCUGGCCAACGCAACCAAAGAUAGUUUGAUAAGCAUGCAAGUGUCGGCCGAUCAAAGCUCGGCCAUCAUUAGCAACCUUGAGCCAUUCACCAUGUACACCGUGACGGUUGCUGCCCACAAUGAUUUCGGAUCCAGCCUGCCGAGCAUACGGAUUCGGGCCUUAACGUUGGAGAAUGGCGUGAUUAACAAGGAAACCAGCGUCGCCGUGGUUCCCGUCUUGCCAGACGUCCGCGGAUGCUGCAUCAAGAACGGUGUCAGCCAUCGCACCUGUUUGGAUAAAAUGUGCGACCCGGUGAAAGCUGACUUCACAGAAGUUCCGGACCUGAUGGUGUGCGCUCCGUGGGCAAACAUCACGUUCGCUUGCUUGGCCAACAAAAUUGAUCAUACUCCUUGUUGCAAAUCACGUGGCAUUCCGGACGCAUGCUUGCCAUUCUGUUCCGGAACGGUCAAGGCCAUAAAUUUCAACUACUUCAAGUGCCUGCAGUACAUGUCCGACUACAGCAGUUGUCUGCUACAAGGCUACGGAGUCCUAUCAGGACCACCAUCAAAGCUAAAGGCCCCCUUGAUUGCCCCGCAUUUUGUAGUACUCGAAUGGAUGCCACCAAAAAUCCUGCCCGAUACAGUUACCUCAUACCAUCUGCACUAUCGACGGCUUGGAAGUGGCGAAGAGUAUAUGGUUCUGGAUAAAAACCAAGCGCCGGUGAUCGUUGAAGACCUCGAAGCUUCGCAGUACUACGAAGCUUUCGUAGUGGCAGUCAAUGCUCACGGAAAAGGUGGACCUUCGCCACGACUUGUUUUCCAAACGAAGCGAGAGAGUCAAGCGGAAACCGUCACUCCGUCCUACAACAUUUCAGCCUGUUGCCACGCUUCCGGACUGCUACCGCAGUGUGCUCCUCUGUGCAGCUACGACGUUAAGAUGUCCGAUCUGCAGAAGCUCGGAAACACCUGUAGAGGGCAGCUCGGUACGAUCGUUCGUUGUAGCGCUGGAGGUCGCGAUCAUACUUCAUGCUGCGCUCGACGAGCUGUCCCACCAAAGUGCCAAUCGCUGUGCCGUGGUGUAAUCACCCAAUCUCCGGCUGACUGCCUACCGUACGCUGGCAACAUCAUUCAAUGCUUCGAAGAAGGAAUCGGUCAUAUUCCACCACCGGUUGAAGAUUUACACGUCUCAUCGGUUACCAAUACAAGCAUUUCACUAGCUUGGGUCCCAUCGGAAACCGACCCGAAUAAUACCGAUACCAAGGCAUCGGAUUACGUGGUUCAGUACGGUAAGGUGGACAACAUGACCAUGUACGAAACAAUCAUCAAGCUGGAAAAUGAGGUAAACACUACGGAAACUGACAUCGAGCUGAACAACCUCGAACCGAAAGCCUUGUAUCGAAUCACCGUCGUUGCCCGCGGUCUUCACGGAACAUCUCUCCCGUCGUCAAUGCUCCUGAUCAACACAUCUCGCACGGAUAAAGCUAGCACCGUGUACGGUGCUCCUUCACCUCCACAUUCCCUAUCGGUUUCUUCUCACAGCGCUACUUGGAUCACCAUCGCAUGGCAACCUCCGGAGUUCUCCCAUCCUCACGAAACCAUAACCUAUCGGGUAAUUCACAAGGUGGCCAACAACAUCACGGUGAUCGAUACCCGCCUCCUGUGGGUACGAAUCUCCAACCUUCAACCAAACACUCAGCAUAUUAUCUACGUAGUCGCUCUGGGAGCAAAGGGAUCCAGUUUGCCUUCAGAAACCUUGGUCGCUUGGACCGAUCCAGCUCUACCUGCCUUUGUUGACCCACCAACGGUUCACCCAUCUGACAUCAUCUCCGAGGGCGGUUCAAUGACGAUUCUCUGCCUUGCCCUGGGCAAUCCCGCCCCGACCAUUUCCCUGUACGUUGGAGGUCAUCUCGUACGGCAGGACACCUCACGACACAUGAUCACUGUGAUACACAACGUAACCAUCGAUAUGGAGCACAUUUCGUGCUACGCCGAUAACGGCUACGGUAUCCCGAUGCAAGCCUCCAAGAAGGUUAACAUAAGCUUUGCUCCACGAAUCCAGGCUUCCGGAAUCACUGUCGCAUCGGUAGGGGAAUCCGUCGAUCUGAAGUGUACCGUCCGCUCGAGACCCAUACCGAAGACGAUGUUCUGGCGCGAUCAUGACGGCCGGGUUCCGGUUAUUCAGGGUGGAAACUAUGACAUGUCCAUGAAGAAUGAUGUUGAUGACACCUCUCUGUACACGAUGACCUUAACGAUUAACAAACUAACCGCCCAGGAGGUUGGUGAUUACUUCUGUCACGCGGAGAACGCUCUCGGCUCAUCGACUCGUGCCGUAUCGGUACGUAUUCGUAAUACUGCCGCCUCGUCCAAUAUUUCCGAAUGUUGCGUAGCCCAGAACGUAUCCUCUGCAUGUAUGAGUGCUUGUUCGUUCUACAUCGACAUCGAGAGCGUCAUCGAUCGACCGGAGUGUAUCGUAGACUUCGAUAAGCUGAUGAAGUGUGCCUCCGAUGGAUCGGAUCAUCGAGGUUGUUGCGCCUCCAAGGACGUUCCACGACGAUGCCUGAACUGGUGCCGCGGAGAACCGAUCUCACCACCGGGUAUCUGUGCCUUGCAACAUACGCGUACCAUAGUUGGAUGUUUCCAGGAGAAUAGAGAACGACUACCGGGACCACCACAGAACCUGCAGGUUCAGAUUCUGAACGAUGAAGAAGCUUUGAUCAGAUGGGACCCGCCAAUCAAGAACCCUCAUACCAUCGAAGGCUACCGGGUAUUCUGGCACGACCUGGAACCAGUGACAACCGACAAUCUGUCAAAUGUGAUUAGUGGCCUGGGAACGAGUCGUCUAGAUGCGAAGGAAACGAGCAUUAAACUGGAAGGUCUCAAACCGGAUGUGAUGUAUGAACUGGUCAUCAAGGCCGGUAACCAUUUUGGAGCAUCAGUCCUCUCCGAACCGUUGCGAUUCACCCUGGGUGAUCACCACAUUACUUCCGCUUCGCAGGCAUCGAAUGCUGGAGUUAUUAGUGGCAUCAUUGCCGGAAUUUUGGCGAUCAUCCUCGCGAUCGCGGCUCUUGUGAUUAUGAAGAAGCGAAAGAUCGGCCAGAAGCAAGCCAACGGAGGAGUGGCUUUCGAGAAUCCAAGCUACCUUCGCGAGAUGAAUGUGGAGCACGUUCAGAUUCCAGCCGUUUCCGGUCAAUCAGGCACCGACUGGCGACAGGAGUCGUUGCACACCGCCAAUGGAACCGCCACUACCGGGCUCGGCCAGGACAACUCGGUCGUUCCCAUGGCCACCGAAGUGAACCCAUCGUUGUACGAAGAGCUUAAGCUCGGUCACGAUCGGGCCGGAUUCAAAAGACUUGUUUCUUAGGAAUUGGUGAAUUCUCCUGCUCCCUAGGGCCCAACAGCCGGCGGGAGUCGCGAGGGAACGCAAAGUGUACUUGUAAAUACCAGCGGACAGUUCUAGAUGUGAUCAAUUGAGAGAUGAUGAUGAUGAUGAUAAUGUUGAUGAUGAAAAUGAUGAUGACGAUGGCAGUACAGUGUAUCGCUGUUUGCCGUCUGUUUUUACCGUAUUAUUCGUGAUCGACCGUAAGAUUAUGAUGAAUUUCUAGGUGCUGAAUAAGAUUUUUAUAGGGUUAGACAAAUUUUGUAAUAGGGAAAGUUUAGUGAAGGUUUUCUACACGCAGCAAAGCAGAAUUCAGCUAGAAACGAAACAUGGCAAGCACUUACACACAUCACCUUUAGAGCCAGACUUUGAUUGGUUAGACUUGUAGCAAUGACGACCGCCACCCUCCGAACACUAAGAUCAACAAAAUAGGAAAGCAGACACGUUUGAUGACACCCACUACCAGCAGCAAUCUAGUCAAAACGAUGAAAUCCAAUUCACCGUAGACGCAACCAGUUCACCAAUGAAGAAAUGCGAAGCAAAAUGAUUCAAGAAUCGCCUCCAAGGAGAUUCGAACAUGACCAGUGGCAAUAAUUCGUUAAGUUACCUUACCUAUUCGGGAAUUAGAUAUUUAUUAGUUCAUUGCGCGGCAAUUGAGAAUCGUUUUACCGUUUCAUCAACAAAUGAUAUUCUGGAGAAUGGAAUCGAAGUAAAAUCCCACAAAUAGUUAUAUCAAUUGCAUAUUACUUUCUGUCAAGUGGUGUGUGUUUGAUGGCAUUGACGUAAUUUAUGUGUGUAUGCAGCAGUAAGAAACCAUACACACGCACCGAUAGGAUCACAACAGUUGAUUAAUUUUAGUUCAGAAAAAUUGACAGUAACAUCAAGAGGAAUUAAAACAAAAAUUAAUUUGGAAAAUUGUGACAAUGUACAUAUGAUUCGUGCGUGAGAAACGAAAUUUUAAUACCACAAUUCAAUAAACAAACCUUUAGUUAAGAACACAUUAUGGAACAAAAUGAGAAUAUUGUUGUAUAGGAUAUAAAAGAAAAUGUUUGUACGAAAAAUCACUAGAGAAGCAAUAAA